AUGGAAAAUUUAAUCAAAUUUUUGAAAGGUGAAAUUGCUGAUUGUUCUCAAGGAAUUUCCUCUUACAUGCCCAAAUUCGAUCGCCUUACAGAAAACAAAGGAAAUAUCUCUGCACUUACCACUCACAAAUACGAAUUGACCAAGAAAAACAAGUUACUAAUGGAAGAAAUUGAACAGUUACGAUCCCAAGAAGGUACUUUGGAUGUUUCUGUAUUGGUUAAUGAUCUUGAGACUAGACAAGCAUCUCUUAAUGAAGAAAUAGAACAAGUCAACCUUUCAAAACAAAUGAUUCUGGAGGAACAGUUAGAAAUUAACGGGCAGAGCAAUGCAUUGACCAUGUUAAACCUUGCUCAACAAGAAGAAAUUGAAGAAUUGAAGAAGGAAUUAGCAAAACUAAUUUUUCAAUGUUUGAGUAUUGACAUUCUUGUAGUUUACCUUCUCUAG